UGUAGUUCUGAUUGGGAGUCGGAACUCGCUCAAUCUCUGCGCAAGACUACAACUCCCAGGAGCCAAUGCAGCAGGGGCGGGGCAAGAGUGUCCGAUAGGGCUGCGGAUUUAGCUGUUUCUAGCUGGGCUCUCUUAAAGGGUGCACGAUGCCUCAGUGCAUAAUCAGCGACUGCCCAAAUUACUGCAGCAGGAAGAACAUUUCCUUACAUGUUUUUCCCAAGAAUCUGGCCCAGAUCAAACUGUGGCUUCUGCAGACAGGACAGGAUUAUGGAGACCUGGACUCCUUUGCUCAACGCAUUUACGUGGGGAAUAAAAAUGGCGCCUUCCGUCUCUGUUCUGAUCAUUUUGCCCCAGAAUGUUACUAUGGCGAGGGGCCUCAGAAACAGCUGGUGAAUAAUGCUGUGCCUACACUCUUCCCCAAAAGGAAAGGCGAAAACGUGUGUUAUCCAAUUCAUGGCAAUCUUCCACCAAGUUACCGGCCUCGACCCAAAGUUGAUGCCACCACCAAUACCGAUGAGGUUCAGAAACGGGAUAUCAGCACACGCACCGACCUCUACCAUAAAGUGCGCAGCAUCGGCACAAGGACGGAUCCGCGCUUUGGUGUCAGAAACGUUGGCACGCUCAUGAAUUCCACCUGCCUGAAGAGGAACGCCAGUACAUCAACUUUAAUCAUUCCCAUACUGACCACCAUAGACCGGGGUGUCCAGGUCCCAGAAUGCACUCACAACACUGGAGGGGAGACAUGGAAAGUUCAGCAUGACCACAUCUAUGAGUUUCCUUCUUCUGAAUUACUCCAGUCACCCAGAAACUGGCCAAUUACACCAAGACCAGGCGGUAUCACUAAUUCACAGUCCUAUGUCGGUUCCUCUGGGUUGAACCAGGACAAUCCCCCAAAGGCUCCAGCUCAUCCAGCUCUCAAAGAGGAAUACACGGAGGAUGAAAUGAUGACAAUCAUGCGGCGUGUCACUAAUAUACUGAAGAACGAUCGGUGCAAGCACCUAAGGACUCAGCGCAUGAUGAAACAAGCCUUGGAGAUUGUUAACUUGUUAACUACAGGGGACUGUAUUAUCAUGAAGAAAUAUACAGCCAAUCAGAACAUUCCGCUGGUGACUGGAGAGGUUCCGGUAAAAUCUGGAGACGUUGCCAUGUAUUUCUCCGCAGCAGAAUGGGAGUAUAUAGGCAAGCACUGGAAACAUUACAGGCACCUGAUUGAACGUGACUCUUCCAACAGUGAUGUGAUCCGUUCAGUCCCAGCCAAGUCCAUGCCUAGAGACGCGCCACUGCGCUGGAAUGUAGUAGAGGAUUCAUGCACUGCGACACUCAGUCUCAAUGUCGAACAAGACACUAAAUUCUUGUAUCCAGAGAACACUCUGAAAUUAGAUUCAUCCCAUGAAUCCACCAUUAAUAUGCAAUCCCUGAAAAAGCCCUCUCUCCUUCAAAAUGUUGUGAAGAACUGGGUGGUGACCAAAAUAAGUUGUGGCAAUGAAAAGGGAACUUUAGAAGACUGUCUGACAGUUUGUCCAUCUCCUCAGCCCCCUCACACUGGAGAUGGGUCAUAUUCUAGUAACAGCUUUGAGGACGAAUCCAAGCCAACACUCAACACCGCAAAGAUCAGUUUUAGCAGCGAGAAAGCACCUGUUGGAAAUGUAGAGAACCAUACGGCCCAGCCAGAUGGUCCAUAUUCAUCUGAAAUGUACAGCAGUUGCAUUAAGGGCAAUCCCCAGGGGACCCAUCCCAGAGCAAAGAACUCCAUAAAUAUCUCCCUUAAGUGCAAACAAUGCAGCAAAAUGUUUCACUACAAAGCGCAGCUUCUCAAGCACCAGAAGAAACACCGUGGCAAGAUGCCCUACACCUGCCACGAAUGCGGCACAGACUUUCAGCUCCACUCUCACUUCCUCCUGCACCGCAAGCAACGCCCCUGCCAGAAAAAAUAUACCUGCAAUGGAUGUGGCAUCCGUUUUGGCUACAAAUGCAACCUGGUGGUGCAUCAGAAGACGCAUGCCCGGUCUUCUCCAUACGUCUGUGCCCAGUGCCAGAAGAAGUUCCACACCCGGACCUGGUUCAUGAAGCACAUGAAGAGCCACAAGCGGAAAAAUCUGCUCAAUUGCUCCCAUUGUGAGAAAUGGUUUGUUAGCGAAAAGUCAUUAGCUGAACACCAAAGCACCCACAUGGCAUGACAAAGUCAUGAAAUAGGGCUUUAUCCCAAAAAUUAAUUUUUACAAAAUCACAAUUCAUUUUCAAGCAGAAUUUUCUGGGGAAAAAAGGAAAGACAAUCGCCUGAAUCCACUCUGGAAUUCUCAAGACUUUUUUUUUAUUAUUAUCCAACAUCUCUACUUUUAAAGGGGAACCACCAAAAUGACAUUAUUUCUGUAUUAUAUACAGGGGUUAGGGUACAGUUACUGAGGGCGGUAAAAAGCCUCUCCUGGUAACUUUAAGAAUCAAAUUUCUGGUUUUCAAACCGGAAAUGUGUCUCUUCUAGUGCAGAGAGCACCUCCUGGACCCCCUCCAGAGUCGAAAACUUGACCACGGGGGUUGUGUUUGGGUCGUAGUAGGAAAGCUGCUGCAGAGGGGUUUGGAUCACUCCUGAUUAUAUAGAUAUAUAAUGCUUAGCAGAUUGAAGGUAAUUGGAUUUAUGUAAUUACCGCCUGUCCAAAUAUAAAUGUCAUUGUCUGGUAGACUGUGCCAUCAUUAUGCUGUUUCAUAUCUGUUUCAUAUCUGAAUGAAUUGCAGUGGGACAGAACAAGAAAGUGAUGACACUAUUGAUGUUUCUAUGUCAGUAAACAUAAUUGGUCAUUGAAUACCAUAGACUCAUAUGGAUCAUGUCAGGCCUUACUGAUCUUCAGCCAGUCAGUCUUACCCAGGCUAAAUAGGGGUCUUUCCUUUAGUGUUGUGUAGGUCAGUUGGGAACCUGCAGGUCAGGUGGGCCCGAUGGGUGGCAGCCCUUACACCGCUGCAUCCCAACCCUUUUUCUGAUGGCUGAAAGUCUUGCCAGGCUGCCAGCCUGACCCCUCAUAUAAUGUCAAAGAUGGGCAGGUCAGAUCCAUGCAUGUAAUGCUUCAUUUUGGGUUGGGUAAAGGCAGGUUUGGGUUGGAACCGUGCAACCUGCACAUCACUACUGGCUACAUAUGUAGCCAAAUACUUAAAUAUAUUAAGUAGUGUGCUGAUUCCUGGCCCAAAAUGAUUCUACUGCUUUGUCCAAUGAAGUCCUCAUUUUUAACCUCUGUUUCCAAAAUAUGAUCAUUUUGCUUGUGACUUUAGUUUCCCCUUUUAAGCAGGUGCAAUAAAAGAGGUGAACCGUCAUAAAUAAUGAAUAACUAUUAAUAAACAUAUUAACACAAGUAUAACACAAGUAAUUUAAAGAACUGAAUUUCUGUUUUUUAAUUUGGUUCUGCUAGUGAUGCUGCCCCCCUUGACAUGCUUCAACACUAAAGUUUUAAUUGUGGACGUCAGGGCUGCUGCUUUAGGCAACAGCAGCUUCAGGAUCGCCCCCGGCACAGCAUCUUGACCUACUUUGUAAAUAAUAUCGCACCUUUGCCAGUGUUUCUUAAAUAUUCACUUUCUGUAUCGUUUGCUAGUAAAUGGGGUCUUUUUCUUGACCAAAGAUGUAUCUCCCUCUUGUCUGGUUUUCAAAGCAGCUUGAAAGUUCUAAAUACUAAUAAAGAAAUACCAAAUAAACUAAACAUGGGCUCAAAUGAUGGCCUGCCUGACCAAUAUCUGGCUGGAGGAUCAUUGGAAAGGUCUUUAUGGGGUCACUGAUAAAGUUGAUUCCCAACCGGUUUGCCUAGGUCCCUGUUAUGAUCCAAAAUUUGCCCUGGGAACCAAAUGAUUAGAUCAAUCCCAUUCAGCCCUUCAUCUGGUUGGCCAAUCAGGCAAAGGUGUCCUUAACUCCUUGUAUGACCAGCUAUAAACACCAAACCCUGAGCAACACUAAUUGGAACACAGGUAAUCAAUAGCAGGCACAAAAAAAUCUGCUUUGAGUUAUUGUUAAAACUAAGAAGCCAGGUCAGGGACACAGUGCUAGAAAUAAGGGGCAUAUUUAUCAAGGGUCGAAUUACGAAUUGAAAAAACUCCAAAAUUCAAAAAGACCAACCGAAAUUAAGGCGAAGGUUUUUUUUUUGGUCGAAUAGGGCCGUUUUCGAUCAAGGAGAAAGGAGAGAGUGGCUGCUUUGAUUUUCUUCUGAUUAGGAAAACAAUUAGAAACCUUUCUCAAAUCAGAAGAACAUCAGAGCAGCCUCUUUCUUUCUCCUGACAACUUCCUUGACUACUUGGUGGUCAGACUGGUGAGAAUAUUUAAUAUCUUGGAAUUUAAAAAAAUAAAUAAUGAAUGUACAAUGCAAAAAUGCUUAGAAUAGCCCCCUCAUCAAUUUUACAUUCACUUGUUUUAAAGGUUUACUUAUCCUUUAAAGUGCAACAGAACCCAAAUAUACUUAAAUAAAUCUGCCUGGCUAUUUAUGUUCUCUGCA